AUGUCUGGCAAGUCUAUCAAAAGUGCUGCUAUCAAAUCAUUUCACAAGCUACUCGCCCUGCAUCGUCAAGAAAUAGAUGCAUCGUUACGGUUGCUUGGGUCUAUCGGAUACCAUGCCUAUACUCUUUGGCUCUUUUGCUUCAAUGAUCUCAAGACAAUGGUCUUCCCAAGUAUCGCAUUUGCAUUCUUCCACUCAAGCCACCUACCGUUGAACACAUUCCUCUCUCGUCUACCCUUGAUGUUUGCUUAUACCUGGUUCAACCUGCUCGGUUUCACAGUCAACAACCAGCGACAUCCAGGCUCCGUAGCUGAGGACAAGCUGAACAAACCAUGGCGACCUAUUGCAGCUGGCCGCCUGACUUCGACACAGGCACAUACCUUGGGCCUGUUGUCCAUUCCAAUCGCCUUGGCUGUGAGCGCUCUCGUUGGGGGUGGCGUGGUCCAGAGCGCUUUCUUAGCGAUAUUCGGUACUAUCUAUAACGACUUUGGGGGCGGUGAUGGCCACUGGCUUGUUCGGAAUUUACUCAAUGCGGCUGGAUUUACAUCCUUUGCCUCGGGUACGCUCGAAGUGGCCUUGCAGUCAUCUCUGCCUCGAUCGACAAUCCCGUGGAUCUUCCUCAUCGCCGUCGUUGUUGGCACCAGCGUUCAUGUCCAAGACAUGUACGAUCAACCCGGCGAUGCUGCGGCGGGUAGACGCACGCUGCCAUUGGUGAUCGGCGAUGAGAUGGCUCGGUGGAGUAUCGCCGUUGUGGUAACUGUCUGGAGUAUCUUAUGUCCGCUCUACUGGUCUUCCGGCCUGGUGGGAUACUUGGGUCCAAUAGGGUUGGGAGUAUGGGUUAGUUUACGCUCGCUGACGAGGCGGACGGUAAAGGAAGAUCGAACUACAUUCCGGAUCUACAACGCAUGGCUUGUAGCGCUGUACGCGCUGCCGAUGACCUCUCGAUAUAGGAUCUCUGUAUGA